AUGGUUAACACCUCUGAAAUCACCUCUGGGAGCAUUGGUAAUACAAUACCGGACUCUUCAAAGAAUACUGGAAAUGUAGUACCAGACUCUUCUCACCCAUUUUUUCUUCACCCCUUUGAUUCACCUGGUUUGACCUUGGUGAACUCAUCUUUUGAUGAACCUUCUGAUUACAAGCUUUGGAAUAGGUGUAAUGACAUGGUCAUUUCUUGGUUGCUAAACUCUCUUUCAAAGAACAUUGCUGACAGUGUCAUCUACUCUAAGACAACCAAAGAUCUGUGGGAGGAUUUAGAGGACAGAUUUGGGCAAUUAAAUGAUACCUUGAACACUAAUGUAAAUUGUGCUUGUGCAUGUGACUGUGGAGGUAAAGCUAAGGUGGCUAAGUCACUCCAAGAUGAGAGAAUCGUCAAGUUCCUCGAGGGCUUGAAUGAAACUUAUGCCUCUGUUAAGAGUAAUAUUCUGAUGUUAUUACCUCUGCCUAGUAUUGGACAUGCUUACGCUUUACUCAUGCAAGAUGAAAAGCAGAUAGAGGUCUAUGUUAACUCUCAAUUUCCUGGAGACUCUUCAUCAUUUUAG